GGGCGGGGCCGGAUGCGCGGGAGAUUUGAACUUCCUCUCUGCGCCAGCGAGGGCCCGCGCAGAGCUUGAGGUGCACAGCGGCUUUCUCCGCAGGGCCCUGCAGCUAGUGAGCCACCGUGCCGACCGGGAGAUGGUGGAAGGACCGGGCUGUACUCUAAAUGGAGAGAAAAUCCGGGCGCGAGUGCGCCCGGGCCAGGCGGUGACGGACUUGCGGGGAAGCGCCCUGCAGAGCCUGGGUGUGGGCUCUUCCCAGGCUGCUGCACUGAAUAAUAAUAAAGAUUCCAGCCGGAACUUCUCGAGACUGUUUAACGGACACGUUUACAGUGGUGUACAAACUUUGGGGAAAGAGCUCUUUAUGUACUUUGGACCAAAAGCUCUACGGAUUCAUUUUGGAAUGAAAGGCUCCAUCAUGAUUAAUCCACUGGAGUAUAAAAAUAAAAAUGGAGUUUCUCCUGUUCUUGAAGUCCAGCUCACCGAAGAUCUCAUUUGUUUCUUUGACUCAUCGGUAGAAUUCAGAAACUCUACAGAAAGCCAACAGAGAAUAAGAAUGAUGGAAGAAUUAGAUGUAUGUUCGCCUAAAUUUAGUUUCUCAAGAGCAGAGAGUGAAGUUAAAAAGCAAAAAGGACGGAUGUUGUGUGACGUGUUAAUGGACCAGAAAGUAUUGCCUGGGGUGGGGAACAUCAUCAAAAAUGAAGCUCUCUUUGACAGUGGCCUCAACCCAGCUGUCAAAGCUUGUCAGUUAACAGAUGAACAGACCCAUCACCUUGUGAAAAUGAUACGUGACUUCAGUAUUCUUUUUUAUAGGUGCCGGAAAACUGGAUCUGUUGUCUCUAAACACUAUAAGGUUUACAAGCGUCCUAACUGUUGUCAGUGCUGUUGCAAAAUAACUGUGUGUCGCUUAGGAGAGAGUAACAGGAUGACAUAUUUCUGUCCUCGCUGUCAAAAAGAAAAUCCUCAACAUGUUGACAUAUGCACGCUGCCAAGGAGAAGCACCACGGGCACCUGGCCAUCCAGCAGAGGGGACCAUGUGGCUCGGAAGUCUGAGGAGCAGUGGACGUGUGUGGUCUGCACGCUCAUAAACAGGCCGUCUUCGAAGGCUUGCGAUGCUUGCCUGACUUCAAGACCUCCCGAUUCAGUAAUCAACAAUGAAGACAAUUCUAUUGCGUUUGACAGCUUAGUGAAGUAUCCUUGUAAUAGUUUUGGAAAACCAAGUACAGAGGUGAAGGUCAACAGGAGAACAGUAUUUGGAACUACAACCCUUGUCUUGACUGAUUUCAGCAACAAAUCCAGCGCUUUGGAAGGAAAAACAAGCCAAAGUGGGAUGCUAGAUAGAGAAUUUCAAAACUCUCCUCCGACUGACGUGUGUUUUAGGGAUCCACUGCACCCCUCCAAGGAGAGAGCAAACCAUAGAACUCAACCAUCUAACAGAGUAAACGGAUCACCUACGGCCUGUUCUCAGUCCAAAUUAUUUAGUCCAGCCUAUAAAAAGUUAAAAACAACCCACUCCUCAUCACCAGACCUCAAAAGCCGUAGCCCUGGAUUUUCUAACAGUGAACUUGGAAUUAACAUGACAGAUGGUACCUGUGCAUUAAAUGCUGGCAGUCCUCGCUGCGGUAAACAUAAGCUCCUGUGUGUUCUACGAGUUGUGCAGAAGGAUGGCGAAAACAAGGGCAGGCAGUUUUACGCUUGUCCUCUACCUAGACAAGCGCAGUGCGGAUUUUUCCAACAUUCCAUAGAUAGUUGCUUACAAAUGGACAGGCCAAAACUAAUCAGAUCAAAGAGUAUGCAUUCAUUGAGAAGGAAAAAAAAGAUAAAGGUAAUGCUGUCUUACUCCAACACUGUAUUUAAUAACACAAAGAUGAAAAAAUGUAACGACGCGCCAUGAGUUUGAACCUCUCCAUUUUAUAGGAAACCAAGUCGACUGGUUUAAAUACCUUGUUAGUUUUGAAUUCAUUUAAUCUCUAUCAUGCACCUACUAUGUAGAAAACUCAAUAGUAGGUGGGCUGAAAGGAGCGCCUGCCCAUCUGUAGGUGAGGUGGGAAAUUGGAAGGAAUGAGAGCCCCACAAGUCAGGGGACAGUGAAGGAGAGCUCCCGUCCGAUUCAGGAGCUAGAAGCGCUCCAGGAAAGAGCGGACGAUUGGAUUUCCUCCUUGGUGAAGAUUUGCAUAAGUAGAAGGGCAUUUCAGGCGUGAGCACAGCACACACAGAGGUAUCUAACAGCAACGGCACAGGGUGUGCGGGGAAUAGCAAAUAGUCCCGUUUGGCUUGAAAUCGUGUAUGUGAAGGAAAGGUAUGUACAGGGAAAAAAAAAUGGACAUAGGGCACGUACAGGAAGAGAAAUCUGUAAAGGGAGAAUUAAUUCCAUUUCACCGCUACAAAUGGAUUUUCUGAGAAGGGCCAGUUCUUUGUCCUGAGGAUGUGAAAAUAAAGAAGUCGCUCUCUCCCCUGAAGGAGCCCACAGGCAGCGAGCAAGCCAGGGUGCCCUGGGACCCGUGCUAGAUUAGCGAUGCAAACAGAGGGCGUUUUGAACACGUAAGGAAUCUAUUCUGUGGGUGUGAUGAGAAAGGGUAGCUACAAUGUUUAAUUACGCAGAGUCUGGAAUUAGAUGGAGUUCUUCAAGACUGCCGAUUUAAAGACCUGCCCUCUCCCUUACCUAGACCUUGACCAUGUGACUCUGAACACAUUUGAAGCUUUGGCUCCUGAGUGCUAAUCCCUGGUUCACUCAUCGGAUGAGUCUCGGGACCAAAGGGCCCACCGCACAGCUCUGUUUUGAAGAUAAAGUGCUGCAUCCAUUUAAUGGGCUUAGCACAGCACCUGGCAAUUAAAGACGCAAGUUCAUUCCACUGUCUUUAUUAUUUAUAGUGAUGCUCUUACUAGUAUCCCUGCAACUAUUGUGGGAGGUUUCAGAGGGGAAACAGCAAUGGCAGUGGCCCGAAGGAUUUGAUUUCACCAGACAGAGACCUGUGUGGGCACCUCAGGAAAUACAUGUUGUGUUUGGGGAACAGAGAGCCCAGAACUUAAAAAAAAAAAAAAAGGUAUUAGAAAGGAGAUGCUGGGGUGAGUUUUAUGUUUCCAGUGACACACCAAAAAUUUAGACAUAGAAAACACAAAAGAACUAAGAACCUUAAUUUGUGAAGGAGAUGCAAAGGUUUGGAAAAAUCCAGGUGUUCUAUUUCUACAUGGAAAUCGUACAUGCCAAUAAGGAGUAUAAAUCACUGUACAAUUACUCUAGUCUUUUCUCCCCCUGUUUCUUUGAUGGCAGAAGAGACCUGGGUUUAAGUGCAUUGAAGCUCUGCGUGUGUCGUGUUUCUGAGAAAGCAGGUCAUAGGAUCGCACCAUUUCACCCAGCGCGAUGGAUCCGCACAGUCCGCAGGGUCCCGUUCCUUGAAGUCAACUUUAAAAGGGGUAAAUCCAGUGCUGAACAAGGCCUGGGGCAGGCACAGGAUGGAAGGACCCUGUUCUUGGAAGAUGCAGGAGGAAAGCCAAGGGUUUGGGGGUUGAAACGCUUUCUACUUGUUAUAUGGAUCCUGUUGGCUUCUCUAAUGAAAGAGUAGCGAGAGACGGAAAAAGAAGUUUAAAAGAGAUGAAGAAAUGAAAACAUGACAGGAAUAAAAGUAGAGCUUGUGAACAGCAAGGCAAAGAGGAAGAGACUCCAAAAGCAUCUGUAUGGGCCCUUUGCAUCCAUUGUUGGCAAUCAGAAACACAAAUAUACGGAUAGUCAACAAAAGAACAGCCUUCUAAAUUUUUAACACUACACACUGGCUUUUUGGACGAAACUCCAUCAUGAAAUGGAAACUGCAAAGCAAAUUAGCAUUGUCCUUACCACAAUUCCUCAUCUACCUUCCGUGUUAACGCCUCUGGGUCACACCCAACCACUAGCUUUGGCAUCUUGGUUUACAUGUUAAUAAAUACUCGUCGGCUUUUAAUAGGCAUAUUUUCCUCAUUGUUGUGUUAUUACAUUCAGCUUGUUUGGCCGCAUUUAAGAAGAAUUUAUUUAGCUAUCAAUGGCAGAAAACAAUUCAGGAAGCUGAACGGAGCAGGAAGAAUGUGAAAUCUAAGUAUUUGAGUUGAGUUGGUUAUUGACUCAUUAGUUUAAUAACGCGUUUUCUCCCAACUUGAAUAAUUUAAAUGCAUUAGAAAUGAUACAGCAUUAAAAAGUGCAUUCUUAAAAUGGUAAACACUGGAUCUAGGAUCUGAGUUUGUAGUUAUGACUUAUUUAAAAUAAACAAGCAAAUUCCAUUGAGAUAUGGUCUCAUUUUCAGGAAUGGUCUAUUAGCAGGCGGCAGUGAGUGCGACAAUUAACCAUAUCAGCACAUUAAAGCCUAAUGUCUAAACUCAACAUAGCAACAAACACACAUCCUACCAUGGCCUAUUAAGUAAUCAGAAAUGAUUGCAGAUAAUUAGCUCGUGAACAGCUGCACAAACUCAAGUAUUCCAUUUUUUAUCAGACAUGGAGUCUUCCAGGGGAAGGGAGGUUUAUCAGCUCUGUCCUGAACUGGGUGGGAAUGUCCCCCUGAAACGAGAUUAGGAACGGGAUUCUCACAUUUGAUGGCAUAUUGCCAUUUUUAAUUUUCUUUUGAUAGUACUGCUAAUGUUCACAUGAAUAAAGUUCCGUAAGUGAAAAACCUAUAGAAACAAGGAUAUUACCAAUGACCAAAAAGCACUUAUGAAAUAGAAUAGGGAAAUCAGUUAGUAAAAUUCCUUCAAUGAGUGUGUAUUUUUUUUACUUUUACAUCACACUUGAUUUGCACACUCCCACAUGUCCCUUCUGAAUGAGCUUAUAUUCAGAUAUCUAUCUCAGUGAUCAUAUUUUUACAGUAAAUAAGUAGUUGCAUUUGAAUCAAUAAAUGUACUUGAUAAGUAUUUCUUAACAAAUGCAUUUCCUUUUUCUCGAUCUUUUUUUUUUUUUUUAACUAAAAAAACCCCUGCUGAACAGAACAUGAUAACUAUCUUUAGAAAUCUGAGGGACUGGGGUGCCCGGUCGCUCAGUCGGUGGGCAUCCAACUCUUGAUUUCGGCUCGGGUCAUGAUCCCAGGGUCGUGAGAUCCAGCCCAAAGUUGUGGAGCUGCUUGGGCUUCUCUCUCUCUCUUUCUCUCUCUAUCUAAAGUAAAAUAAAAUAAAAAGUCCUGAGGGACUGAUAUGACAAAGAAUUAUGGUCUUUCACACAGGUCCAAAAAACAGAACUAAGGGAUGUGGGAUUAUGGAUUUAAUAGAAA